CGCCUCGGGAGGGCGUCGCGGCGCCUUCUGGGAAGCGGAGUCCGGCUGCCGGCACUGGGGCGAGCGAGCGAGCGAGAGAGUGGAGGGGACUCCAUUUCCCGUGGGGCCUCGCGGCGGUGGCGGUGGCGGUGGUGGCGACGGCCUCUCUCUCUAGAUAGGGAGCCAGGCUUCUCCUCCUCCUCCUCCUCCGCGUCCCGGCCUCGCCAUGAGCAGCGGCAGCGCGGGCGGCUCCUCCUCGCGGCCUAGAACCAGCUCCUUCGCCGACCCCAACGCGCCCCCCGCCGCCGCCGCCCCCAACACCUCCGCCGCCCCCUCCUCCUCCGCCUCGGCCCCCCCUCCCCCGCUGCCGCCCCCCGCAGGGAGCAAGGCCGCCGGGCCCGGGCCUGGAGGGGGAGGGGGCGGGGGAGGGGGAGGGAGCUUGUCGUCGGGGGGCUCCUUCCCGGGACUCAAGCUCGGAAGGGAUAGCGGGAAGGUGACCACGGUGGUGGCCACGCCGGGCCAAGGGCCGGACCGCCCGCAGGAGGUCUCCUACUCGGACAUCAAGGUCAUCGGCAACGGCUCCUUCGGGGUGGUGUACCAGGCCCGCCUGGCCGACUCGGGGGAGCUGGUGGCCAUCAAGAAGGUGCUGCAGGACAAGCGCUUCAAGAACCGGGAGCUGCAGAUCAUGCGGAAGCUGGACCACUGCAACAUUGUGCGCCUGCGGUAUUUCUUCUACUCCAGUGGGGAAAAGAAGGACGAGGUUUACCUCAAUUUAGUCCUGGACUUUGUGCCGGAGACCGUCUACCGCGUGGCCCGGCACUUCACCAAAGCCAACUCAUGCCAUACAACUGACACAAACCACAUGGCCAUGGGACAUUGGGCCAAAAGGAAAUGCAGGACACUCAAUUGCCCAAAGGAGAUUUCUCCAGAGCCACACAGCUUGGAACUGAGAUACCUGACCCUCUUCAUGAGACAUGCCACAUUAUCACAGGCUGCCUGCGCCCUACGCCGCUGGUAUUGCACCACCUGA